AUGGGCGUAAUGUGUUCGACUAGCGAGGAAUAUAAGACAUCAUACUGGAAGGACUUUAACGAAUUAAGAACGGAAGGGGAAAAAUUAUGGGAAGCUGAACCGAAGUUAGUUAGUGCCGAGGAGGCAUUAUACAUGCCAAACAUUGAAUCUCAUUCGUUAUCCAAGUCGGCGGUUAACACGACAGACUUGCUGGAGGGUCACACUUCUUUGGUUGCCAUAUACUUUAAUCAGUUUGGCGAUAAUCAUACGCAAACUUUCACAAGACCAUUUCUCGACGAAUUCUCGGAUCACAACAGGAUACAGCUCAUGAAGGUUAACAUUGAAGUGAACUUCGCGAAGUCCCUUAUUCUUAGACUCUUAACUCCAUAUCUCAAGAGAACAAUUCCCGCGUCUCUUCACAAUAAUUACAUCCUCCUAUUCCACGAUGACCCUAGUCUGCGCGAAGCUCUCGACAUGAAUAAUUCGUGUAGAGGCUACGUCUUUUUGGUCGAUUCUAGUUGUAAAUUAAGAUGGUCUGCUCACGGGAAUGCCACGUCGAGGGAGAUUGAGUCAAUGUUGAAGUUAGUUAAAACGCUGGACGAACAAAAUCAAUCGACAAUCAAAUAA